UGUGGCUUGCAAGGAGUAGUGCUUCCGGGUAGGAGCGAGGUGACCCCCGGCUGCUGCGGGAAUCUGCGGCGACUGCAGCCAUGGGGGCGCAUCUGGCCCGGCGUUAUGUGACCGAUCCAUCGGGGGAGCCCGACCCCCAACGGAUGCCCACCUUCCCCCCCGACUACGGCUUCCCGGGGCGCAAGGAGCGCGAGAUGGUGGCCACCCAGCAGCAGAUGAACGAUGCACAGCUGGUGCUGCAGCAGCGGGACUACUGCGCCCACUACCUCAUCCGGCUGCUCAAGUGCAAGCGCGACAGCUUCCCCAACUUCCUGGCCUGCAAGCACGAGCAGCACGACUGGGAAUACUGCGAGCACCUCGACUACGUGAUGCGCAUGAAGGAGUAUGAGCGGGAACGUCGGCUGCUCCAGCGGAAGAAGCGGCGAGAGCAGAGGGAGGCAGAUGUGGCCCGAGGCCAGGGGUCCGGUGAGGUGGCCCCUGAGGUCGCCCUGUAGUGGGUCUGCCCCCACCCUGUUGGACAAGUUGAUAAAUAAAAGCCUCCAGGCCCCUCAGCUGGAA